AUGACAUCUGACAGACCUAAUGCGAUAAAGGCUGCUUGUGUCCCAGGCAUCCUGGAGAUUCUUCAAUCAAACAACAGUCACUUGGAUCGAAUCCAGAAAUCUUUGGAGGAUUACUUAGAAAUGAAACGAAACGAGUUUGCAAGGUUGUACUUUCUAAGCAAUGAGGAAAUUCUUGAUAUUUUGGCCAAUGCAAAGAAUUUUAAGAGAAUACAAGGUCACAUAAUCAAGUGCUUUAGCAAUGUACACCAGUUGGAGUUUUCAGAUGAAUUUAAGGUUUCUCCUGCUGUGACAAGCUUGGUAUCUGCAGAGGGGGAGAAAGUGCCAUUGCCAAAACAUUUGAGAGCAAGGGGAAGUGUUGAGACUUGGUUGAAGCAAGUAGAGGGAGCUAUGUUUGCAACUAUUAAAAGAUCUCUGGGUGUAGCAUUAUCUGAUUAUAAAAAAUCUAAGUCACGACAACAAUGGGUGUUGGCUCAUUUAGGACAAGUGACUCAAGUUGCAUCUCAAGUAUUUUGGACAGACGAGGUAGUGAAGUGUCUUAGUUCAGACGAUGUCCACCGUUUGCUGUCAUCUCUACAUGUGUUGUGGGUUUCUUAUGUUACUGAUCUUGCUCAGCUUGUACACACACCCUUAGAGCCGUGGAGACGUGAAGCUGUUAUUGCCUUGGUAACUAUUGAUGUACAUGCACGAGAUGUUAUCAAACUUUUACUUGAGAGUGGAGUGCAUGAGAUUGGAGACUUUGACUGGGUCAGACAGUUGCGGUACACAUGGGUAAGCGAUGCCAAUGGUUGUGAUGUAUGCCAAGCCAGUGCGACGUUGCAGUAUGGCUAUGAAUAUCUCGGUUGUGCUCCUCGAUUGGUGAUGACUCCUCUUACCGAUCGCUGCUACUUGACUUUGACUGGGGCUUUGCAGCUUCAUCUUGGUGGCUCAGCAGUUGGCCCCGCUGGCACAGGCAAAACAGAGACAGUGAAGGACUUGGCAAAAUCAGUUGGAAAACACUGUAUGGUUUUUAACUGCUCUGAUGGUUUGACAUACCAGAUGCUAGGAAAGUUCUUCUGUGGCAUGUCUCAGUCAGGGUCUUGGUGCUGUCUUGAUGAGUUUAACAGGAUUGACGUCGAGGUCUUGUCUGUUGUUGCACAGCAACUUCAGUCAAUAAAGUCAGCCAAAGAUCAGCAAGUAACCACGUUUUUAUUUGAAGGCAAGGAGAUUAUUUUAGAUGACAGCUGUGGUGCAUUUGUUACUAUGAAUCUAGGGUAUGCAGGUCGGGUUGAACUACCAGACAAUGUUAAAUCGCUGUUUCGUCCAGUGUCAAUGACAGUUCCCGACUCUGACAUGAUAUCAGAGAUAAUUCUUUACUCACAAGGUUUUACUUCAGCUGCUGUUUUAUCAAGAAAAAUUGUUUAUCUUUAUCAUUUGGCUGAAAGACAACUAUCUCAUCAGCAUCACUAUGAUUUUGGCAUGCGAGCAAUAAAAUUGGUUUUGGUGAUUGCUGGUAGCUACAAGAGAUUGAGCAUGUCUGAAAGAUCGUGUCAUGACAAGUCAGAAGAAGAACAAGAAAUGAUGUUUUUAAUCAAAGCUUUACGCAAUGCCAAUGCCCCCAAACUUCUAGCAGAUGACGCUAUUCUUUUUGAACAACUGAUCAGUGAUGUGUUUCCAAACAUACAGCAUUAUCCAGUUCAGCCAUCGAAUGUUCUCAAGGCAGCCAUUGACUUGAUUUUGGUACAUUUGUCUUUACAAAAUUCUGAAAGUCUCAUACAGAAAUGUGAUCAGUUAUAUGGUACUUUGCGUGUUUGUCAUGGUGUCAUGCUUGUUGGUUUGACUGGAGGUGGAAAAACUACUGCUAGACAUGUCCUUGCCCAGUCAUUAAACAUUCUGCUAAAUGACAGUUUGGGACAUCCAGCAACAUCAAAGCAGCAAUCGCCAUCGUCAUCACAAAGCUUUUCUAGUUUGAGAACAUCUUCUAAACAAUCGAUAUCUGAGCGACCUAAGUGUGAGCUAGCGGUAACAAAGGCUUCUGUGAAUGUUGUUACUGUUAACCCAAAAUGUGUCAGUCUGUCUGAACUGUAUGGACAUUUGGAUUCAAACACACUAGAGUGGACUGAUGGAUUGCUGUCACAUACUGCUCGUUCUUUCGCCAGGCGUAUUGCUAUUGUUUCUUCCUCACCUCAAACUUGGAACUCUAGGUUUAUGGGAAGUGGAGUUGCAAGGCAACUGUCAGCAACAACUAGUCUCAGCAGAGACAGUGCCCAGAAGAGUGAAGAUGAGGGCAGCAAUUUAUUGAAGACCGCAAUGACUGAAUGGAAAGAAUUUGUGGAGUCUAAACCAAUCACAUUUGCUUAUCAGUAUCUACCUAGCAUUUCAGGACUGGUUGAGUCUGGAGAAUUACUGUCUGAAGAGGUCGCUUCAUUUGUAGCCGCUGAUCGUGACGUUGCUCCAUAUGGGUGGUUCUGGCUCGUCUUAGAUGGCCCCGUGGAUACUUCAUGGGUUGAGAAUCUUAACACCGCAUUGGAUGACAGUCAUGUGUUUUGUCUUGCCAAUGGAGAAAGAAUUCCAAUUGGUCCUGGAUUAAGGAUUGUUUUUGAAGUUGACAGUUUAGUCAAUGCAUCUCCAGCUACAGUCAGCCGCUGUGGCAUGGUUUAUAUGGAUCCUGCAGAUCUUGGUUGGAAACCUUACGUUGAGAGUUGGAUGAAUUCGCUUCCAAAUCAGUUACCAGCCAGUGCUCGUGAGCAUCUCUGGGGUUUAUUUGAUCACAGCAUUGAUAAGGGUUUAGACUUUCUCCACAAACAUCAAUCCGAGCAAGUCCUUCCAACUUGCAGUCUUGGAGUUAUAACAACUCUUUGCAAAUUACUUGGCUCAAUCUUGUCUUAUAUGGCAUCUAACAAGGGCUUUGCUGCUACUUUUGCAGAAGAACAGCAACAGCAGCAGCAGCCAGAUGUUGACAGAAUGCCAACAUUUAACUACAAUUUAUUUUUCAAAUCAGAUGCAAAUCAGAUGUUUGAUGGAGGUGCCAUUCAACGGAGAAGCUACAUCAGUCCACAGGAUUUUCCUAUGCUGCUUAGUAAACUGUUUUUGUUUGCUUUCACAUGGUCUUUUGGGGGCACGUUGACUGAUGGUGGUUAUGGAGAGGACAACGACGGCUUGAUGAACUUUUUGGAGGGCAAGUCUGCAGAAUCUGCAGUUGGUCUUACAUAUCAGGGAUUGCUGGGAGGAGGACCCAGAGCAGCAUUUGAUGUGCUUGUACGUGACAUAUUUAGAAAUGACAUACCAGUUGGCAUUAGAUUUCCAUCCACAUUGCACUCUGUGUUUUCUUACUAUGUUGAUAUGGACACAGGGAAUUUUGUUCAAUGGCGUGACUUGUUGCCCAAGCCUUACUCUAUUAUUGAAAAGAGUCUGUCUUUUGGAGACAGCAAUAUGAAACAGCAAUUGGUGAAGCACAAUUUGCUAACUGAGUUUAACCCAAUGAGCGAGACAAGCGGAGCACAGGCCUUUGUUCCUACAGUUGAUGCCAUGCGCUUUGCUUUUCUUCUCAAUCUUUUAAUUCUUUGUAAGCAGCCUGUAAUUUUGUCUGGGGACAUUGGUGUUGGUAAAUCAUCUCUUGUUGCUCACGCUCUUCGCCUGUUUCAAGAAGGCAGCUCAUUUGUUGUGUCCAGCGUGAUGGGAGGAUUGCUAGGUGUUGCGGGUUUACUGCCUCGGUCACAUGAUGAAACACAGUUUAAAGUUGAAAGCAAAAGUAUUCAUAUGUCUCCUUUCAUGACAGCAAGACAACUGCAGAAACAGCUGGAGGGCUGCAUGUUGAACCUGGGGAAAAAUGUGUUUGGUAGUCCAGAAGGUUGUCAGACUGUUGUGUUCCUUGAUGAUCUGAAUGUUGUUCAGUCGGAUAAUUUUAAUGCACAGCCGCCUCUUGAAGUUUUGCGACAACUUCUGGAUACUGGGAAGAUGUUUGACGUUAAUAAGUUGAAAUGGAAGAACAUCUCUAAUAUGAACUUUAUUGGAACUUGUGGUCCAGUACAGAACAUUAGUCCAAGGUUUCUUCGACAAUUCAGUGUGCUAAAUGUUUGUCACCCUGGGAGCAUGACCAUGAAGCAAAUGUUUCAAGUCAUUUUGGGUUCAUUUUUGGAACGAGAACGCUUCGUAACUGAAGUAAAGUGUGGCCUGUUUUUCAUCAUCAAUACUCUUAUAUGCACCUAUCAGUACCUUGUGACAUCUCUUAAGCCAUCUCCAACUAAGCCAUUUUGUCUGUUUAAUAUGGCAGAUUUGUCAAAGGUUGUACAAGGUCUACAACAAGCCACUUCUGCCACUGUUGGUACAGAAGAUGAAUUUGUACAAUUGUUGUGUUAUGAAGCUGAACGUGUGUUCGCUGACCGGCUCUCCUGUCCUGCUGACAAAACUAUAUUUUUCAAAAGUCUUGCUGAUGCAACUAGAAUACAUCUAAAGACAACUAAGGCAGUUGAAGAAUUGAGAUCUUCAGACUGCCUUUACACUGACUUUGGUGAUCCGAGUGUUCCCAUAAAUGAACAGACCUAUUGCCUUGUUAGAGACAAAGGAAAGCUUGUUAAGGCUUUGGAAAGUUGUCAAGCUCGUAUGAGUUUUUUUGCUGGCCAGAUGAAGACAGUAGUGUUUUUUGAAGAGACUGUAAAGCAUGUAGUGAGAGCUAAACGCAUUCUGCGGCAGCCAAGAGGACAUUUGAUAAUGGUUGGUGUUGGUGGUGUUGGACGGCAGACUGUGGCUCAAUUGGCAUGCUUUAUUUCUGGAUUCGAAUAUUUUGCUGUCACUCAAACACGAAACUACACACACACAGAAUUUAGAGGAGAUAUGAAACGGCUCUACAUAGAAGCAGGAACUAAGAAUAAGCCAACAGUAUUGCUGUUGACAGAUGCACAUAUUAUUGAGAAAGCAGUUCUUGAAGACAUAUCUGCUCUUCUCAGUACUGGAGAGAUUUGUGACUUGUUUGAGUCAGAUGAGUUGGAGCCUGUCUUAACAGCAAUUCAGCCACUUGCUGCAGCGCAUGGAGUUCAUGUUCAGAGAACUAGUUUGUACUCCUAUUUCAUUGCUACUGCUUCCAAGAACAUACAUGUAUUCUUGUCACUCAGUCCAUCACAUCCUCAGUUUGCACAUCGCUUUCAUCUUUUUCCCGCUCUUCUUCGUUACUGUACAAUGGAAUGGUUUUGUGAAUGGUCUUCGGAUGCUCUUCAAGCUGUAGCAGAAGCAACAUUUAGUGAUGUCAGAAUGCCUCACUUUCAGAAACUCUCCAGCAAAGUGCCAGCGGCAUGUGUCAAAAUUCACAACAACGUUAAAGAAACAAGCCAGUUGUUUAGAGAGAACGAAAAUCGACAGUGUUAUGCUACAUCUGCAAAUUUUAUCAGUUUUUUGAAGGUGUUUGUGGUAGUUCUGAAAGAGAAGCAAAAUGAGCUGAUGAAGAAGAAGUUGCAAAUGAAUACUGGUCUUGAUCAGCUUUCAGAAGCUUCAGCCAUGAUUGCUAGAAUGCAGCAAGAGCUUGAGGCAAUGAAACCAAUUAUCGAGCAGAAGUCUGUGGCUGCUAAUCAGUUGCUGGCACAGCUGCAACAAGAGCAAGCUCGUCUAGAUUUAGGUCGGACUGAUGUAAAGACAGAAGAAGCACGAUUGGCUGUAGAAAUGCAAGGCCAUGAAAUUUCUUUUGAGAAGGCUAAGAAAACUUUGGACGAAUAUUUAUCUCGAGUGAAGGAGACUGCAACUAACCUAGAUACCAUUGAUAAGAGUGAUCUUGCAGAACUAAAGGGAUACAGUACUCCUCCAGGCCUGGUCAGGUCUGUUAUGAGAUGCGUGUGUAUCAUUCUACAAGAAAAUCCUGACUGGCCAACAGCUAGACGACUGCUUGGUGAUUCAAAGUUUCUUGAACAGCUAAUAGAGGUUGAUUUUGAGGAACUUCCAGAGCAGGUACUGUCAUCACUUAGUGGACAAGCUAUGAUAAUGGGUUUUGAGGAGCACAGUAUCGAACAUGCAUCAGUAGCCUGUAGGCCUCUUUACAAUUGGGUUAUGGCUUUAGAACGAUAUGGAGACUCUCAGAAGAGGGUGAAAGAGAAACGUGCAGAGUGUGAUGCUGCUGAGAAAGAGUUUAGUGAGGUUAAAGCAAAGCUAAAGGAGAAGCAACAGUUCUUGUGCAAAGUUGAAGCACAACUGGUUGAGCUGACACAGCAGACUGAAGAGAGUAUUCUGGAACGAGACGAGUUACAAGAGAAAUGCAUGCAAAACAAGCGACACAUAGAGAGAGCAACAGUGCUUAUGGAAGCUCUGGUUGGGGAACAGGAACGCUGGUUUAAUGCCUUGAUUGAGAUAAACAACAAGUUAGAUGUAAUUGUUGGAGAUUGUAUUUUGUCAGCUGCAUGCCUCAACUACUAUGGUCCAUACACGGCAUCAUACAGACAGUCAAUGAUUAAGUCAUGGCAAGAGUCUUGCCACGACUUGCGUACAUCUCCUCUUUACACGUUCUCUGGUGCUAUGGCAAGUGACAGACACAUUCAAAACUGGUGUUCGAAUGGCUUACCACAAGAUGCCACUUCAUUAGAAAAUGCAAUUUUGAUUACUACGCACCACAAAUGGCCACUUAUUGUUGACCCUGAAGGGCAGGCAAUGAAAUGGUUACGUGCCAUUGAAUCAAAGUCAGGUCUGAUUGUGCUGAACACUGCAGAACCAAAUUACAUGAGAGUGCUAGAGAGCUCAGUCCAAACAGGGAAACCUGUGCUUAUGGAACAAGUAACUAAUGACAUUGAUGUGGCUCUUGAACCAUUCUUGUUGCGUAAUUUGGUUAGAAGGUCAGGUCAGAUAUUUCUUAUGCUGGGCGACAAGGAGAUUGAUUAUAAUCCAAACUUUCGUCUGUACUUGUUUUCAAAGCAUGCCAGUUUUCAUUUCUCACCAGAGCUGUUCAACAAGGUGGCAGUUGUCAAUUUUGUAAUUACCUUUGAAGGUCUGGAGGAGCAGCUUCUGUCUGAGGUUGUACAGAUAGUGAAGCCAGCACUUGAGAGAGAACAAUCACAGCUUACAUCCAGUCUGACACAGGAUAGGAUUCAUCUGUAUAAACUUGAGACGAAAAUACUUAAAAUUUUACAAACAGCUGAGACAAACAUUUUGGAUGAACGGGAGCUAGCAGACACGCUACAGAACUCAAAACAACUAGCUGCAGAGCUGGCUACAAGAGUGACUGAGAGGGAAGAAACACAGUUGAAAUUAAUGGCAGCAAGAAACCAGUACCUUCCGGUUGCAUCAAGAGGAGCUGUUCUAUAUUUUGUGAUAAGGAACCUUUCUGAAAUCAAUGUUAUGUACCAAUUUUCUGUUAGUUGGUUCAAGAAUCUCUGCUCUUGUUGUAUCAGAGAUAAUAUUGGCGAAGAAUCCAACAACUCACCCUCAGAAGCAUCUUUCUCAUCUGACCAACAAUUCAACAGUGUGUUUUCGGAAGAAUCUGUUUCAAGCAGUUACCUUACUAGGCUCAUCAAUGUCUUAACCCAAGCUGUUUACCACCACACUACUCAAGUUCUGUUCUUUGAGCAUCGUCUUGCAUUUGCUUUUCUCACUGCUACAAGCAUAAUGCGGCAUGCAACAAGUACUACUGAGUCCAAACCAGCUUCAUCAAUCUCUGUUGAUGAAUGGGCUGUGUUCCUUAGUGGUGAUAUGUAUGGAGUGGGGAUUAAAGGCACAGUACAGCAACUGACAUCUUCGUCUAGCACAAAUCGUGUUUCUCCACAUUCACCACUGAAAUCAUUGUUUCCUCUCUCAUAUUCAGCUUCUGAACAACGUUCUGACAGUCAGCCAGUUUAUGAAAUGCUCUCUAAGCCAGAGGAUCUUUCUUGGCUAUCAGAUGCGAAUUGGUGUACGUUUCAACAACUUGGCUUUGCACUAUCAGCUUUCAUUGGUUUAUGUGAUCACCUUGUUGCCAAUCAACAGUUGUGGAUGGAAUUUUUUGACUGCUUGCAUCCCUAUAAAUUUCUUUCCAAUGCCUUUGAUGAAUCUGGCUGUGAUUGGCCUCUGCAGCCUCUAACAAGUUUUCAGCGUCUUCUUCUUACCAAGACGUUACGACAGGAUGCACUCUAUGACAGUGUAAGAGAUUUCAUUCUUGAAGAACUUGGAGAAGAGUAUAUAUCUACAUCAGUGACAAACAUCAGUGAUAUAGCAAAACACACAAACCCCAACCAGCCAAUAAUCUUUAUAUUGUCGCCAGGUUGUGAUCCUACAUCGCAACUGCUCAGUCUUUCUCAGACUAAGUUUGGGGAUUCAAAGUACUUACAUUUAGUCUCGUUGGGUUGUGGUCAACGCCAAACAAUAAAAGAUCUGAUUCACCAUGUUGCAGCAAGUGGCACUGGCUGGGUGUUCUUACAGAACUGCCACUUAGCUCCAUCUUGGAUGCCAUCUUUGGAACAAAUUGUUGACAGCUUGGCAUCUGAUGGAGCUGUACACUCAAACUUCAGGUUGUGGCUUAGUUCUUUGCCAACAGAAACAUUUCCAUCUUCAGUACUUCAGGUCGGAAACAAGAUUACAGUUGAACAACCACAAGGCAUACGGAUUAACAUUGAACAGAGUCUGGUGCUGUUGCAAUCAGGCAAUGUUAGAUGGAUUCCAGAACAAUCCAAAACCUCAUUUGCUCAUCUUUUGUUCAGUCUGUGCUUCUUCCACGCAGCGCUGUCUGAUCGUAAGAAGUAUGGCUCCAUUGGAUGGAAUGUUCCGUACGUGUUUAGCACAGCAGACCUUGAGGUUGCUGUUCAAGUAUUGACUGAUCUUGUUUGCACUUCUGAGUCAACACCAUGGAAAGCUCUACGUCACAUCACAGGAGAUGUAGUGUAUGGUGGAAGAGUAACUGACGAUUGGGAUAGAAGAACACUACGUUGUCUUCUCAAUUGCUUUUACGCAAGUGAAACAUUGAGUGCCAGUUGCUACAUGAACUGUGAGGACUAUCCGACUAUCAGUGACAUUGAUAGUUUGGUUAGACUAGAGGAGCAUGCCAGAAAAACCUUUCCCUUGCUAGACAGACCCGAAGUGUGUGGCAUGCAUCCAUUGGCCAACUCGAUAUACGCUGACAGACUGAGUCGAAGUCUGUUUGAUGUCAUUCUUUCCAUGCAACCAAACGUCGUCUCCAUGACAGCACAGUCUAAAUUAGAUGUCGCCUUGCUCGAUAUUGCAACAGACGCCCUCAGUAAUCUCCCCGAUUCAAUCGUGGCGAGUGACAUCAACAGAUGGUAUUCAAUUAAAGGGCAAUCAGAAGGCAUUCGUAUAGCACCGAGCUCAGAACGAGUGAGAACAAAGGACACUGCCAAAGUGGUGAAGAACGUGUCACAUUUGCAGCACGUCCUACUACAAGAAGUAAAGAAUUUUAACAAUCUGAUUCAAGUCGUUCGAGAUUCUCUCAUGUCAGUUAUUGAUGCUCUUAAUGGCGAAACAUUAUUGUCUGAUGAUCUUGAAGCUGUUUGCACUUCUCUUGCCAUCAACAAGGUGCCCGCCAUGUGGCUAAAGCAUAGUUACCCGACUCAACGACGACUUGGCAGCUGGCUGAAUGACCUAUCAGAAAGAGUGGAUUUUUUUACCUACUGGAUGUCGUGUAGAGAAACUGUGGAGAAACCCGUUACUGGUGUUGAGAAAUCUGAGUCAAAGGUGUCACCGGCUCUGUCUGCAUUGAAAGCUGUUGCUAUUUCAUCAUCAUUUGCAAGCAAAGGCUCUGCUUUGGCACAUCACUCUCCAGGUUCCUACUGGCUUUCAGCUUUCUUCUUCCCACAUGGGUUUCUCACUGCUGUAUUGCAGUGUCAUGCACGAAAGCAUCAUUUGGCCCUCAGCAACCUUCAGUUCAAGCACAUAGUACAAGCUGAGCUACCCAAGACAGACAACAUGCCACUUGAGAAGAAGACAGUGCCUCCCAAAGAUGGCGUGAUAAUUCAUGGCCUACAUCUCCAAGGAGCUGCUUGGGAUGCCAAGAAGUAUACGUUAUUCGAACCAGAUCAUUUUCAACAAUGUGAUUUUCCGCAAAUUCACUUCUUACCAGAGGAAGUUGGACACAAGGUUGGGCAUGAGUCACUAGAUGAGUCAGAAUCAGGGUCGUAUGAAUGUCCACUCUAUCAGUCAGCAUUAAGAGGUCAAGCAAACUUUGUCACCUCUGUUCACCUCCCUACACAGCAAAGCAAGCAACUGUGGGUCUUGCGUGGUGCCGCGCUGCUUUGUCAGCCAGACUGCGACUGAGUGAAAUGCGUAUAUUCGAGUAGCACCGAAAGAUCAUGGAGAUAACUGUAACCACGUGACUUGACAACACAGAAAUGUGAGAAUUAACUUCCAUGUGUAUAGAUCACAUCAUGUAGGUACAUCACAUCAAGUACUUUGGUGUAUUCUAUUUUCCUAUCGAACAGUUAUUGAUUAGAGCAUCUAAAAUAUGUUGUCGUCUACACUUGUACCUGCGGGGUCUCACAUGGAUACUGU